UUAGGUAUAAAUAUAAAAUAAAAUAUCUCAAAGUCUCUUGGAUUUCAAAUAUUAAUAUUGAAGUCACCGAAACGUACUUGUACUUAAGUAACUAGGUCUUGCACUAUUCUGAACUCUCACUGGAAUAACUUUGGUGCAAUGACGUGCAGUAAAGUUGCAUUAACCACCACUAUUAUACAUUCUUCAACAUUUUGUAUAGAGUCUUAACCGGCGAUUUACGUUAAUAUCGAAUAAUCACUUUCUCUACCAUGUCCCGUAAUUUUAAUAACUGGACUAAACCCCGAGGAAGUAGAGGCAGAGGCUGGGGUGCUUCUAACCAGCGUAGGGGAAUACCACCGGGAUUGCGAGGCAAACAGAUCGGACUAUAUUUCAGAGACCUUGGUCGGAAACAAAAGAAGGCUGAAAAACUUGUGAUCAAUUUAACCAUCCCUACCCAUAUCAUGACAGAGGUAGAAAACAACUUAUCAUUGAUAAAAAAAAUUGCUACUCGCAACAAUAUCGACUUGCCUAUAAUUGACGAUUUCAAAGUGAUAACAGAAAUUAUAGAUUUAACAGAAAGUGACUGUAAAAAAAUCAAGGUUGAAAAAGAACCAGUAAGGAUGCAAGAUAUAGCCCAAAAUACUAAAAAAAGUAAAAGUAUUGAGUCUAUAAAUUGUGAGCCUAAUACCUCUGACUUCAUUCCAAUUAGCACAGAAGAACCCGAGUGGGACACUUCAGCCCCAAAAUUUCUAAGCUUAAGGCAUACACGUGAUUACAAAUACGGGUAUGAAGAUAUCAUAACAGGAACAUUUGAUGAGAAACUUGAUGAAUGCCUCUCAAAAGGUGUCAGUAUUAAUCUAGCAAAUGAUGAAACCCACAAUCUAAGUACAGCUCUCUACAUAGAAUAUGAAGAUAGGAUACAGAGGACUCGGUACAAAGAGAUGUUGAAGUUUAGACAAAAGUUACCUGCUUAUGUUAUGUCUAAGGAGAUUUAUAAUUCUAUAAACAACAAUCAGGUGAUUGUUAUCAGCGGGGAAACUGGUUGUGGAAAAUCUACUCAGGUACCACAAAUAAUUUUAGAUGAAGCAAUAUGUGCCAAAAAGGGUGCAAAUGUGAAAAUUCUAGUCACCCAACCAAGGAGGAUAGCAGCCUCGUCAUUAGCUAUGAGAGUUGCCAAAGAGAGAGAUGAAAAUCUUGGGCAUUCAGUGGGUUAUGCUGUAAGACUGGAAAAAGUUGAAGAAAGAUUAAGAGGCAGUAUCCGGUAUUGUACUACAGGAAUACUCUUAGCAGAACUAGAAGUAAACCAAUCACUGUCUAACUACAGUCACAUAAUACUGGAUGAGGUGCAUGAAAGAGACAUACAUGUGGAUUUAUCUAUGUGUAUGUUGAAACAGGUACUAAAGAAACGCAAGGACCUGAAGCUGAUCCUUAUGAGUGCAACAAUAGAUGCUGACACUCUCUCUCAAUACUUUGAUGGCUGCCCUCUGUUGCAUAUAGAGGGCUUAGCGUACCCUGUACAAGAUAUUUAUCUAGAACAAAUCCUGGAAAUUACUAAAUACAGGCUACCCCCGGAAAAAGAAAAAGCCAAUGUUCCUAAAUGGAUGAAAUUUGCAAAAAGAAACACUUCAGACCCGAUGGAGAAAGACAUCAAGUAUAAGGCAGAAAUCAGUUCUUGGCUGGAAUCAAAAAAGCGCGAGAUGAGUUACGAAGUAUACAAAACACUUCAAGAUAGUAGAAUUGAAGCAUUGCCAUUAGAUUUAGUAGUGGAACUAUUGAAACAUAUUUGUGAAAAGGAACAGCAGGGUGCCAUACUUGUAUUUUUACCAGGAAUCGGGGAGAUCACGAAAUUAAUGUCUCUCAUGGAGGACCGAAAAUGUUUCCCGCCCUCCUGUUUCGAAAUAUACCCUUUACAUUCAAAACUGGCAACAUUAGAGCAACACAAGAUUUUCGAAAGGCCGCCGGGUCAUAUAAGAAAGAUUAUAAUAGCGACAAAUAUAGCUGAAACUUCCAUCACGAUAGACGAUGUCGUGUAUGUGGUGGAUUGUGGGAAAAUUAAAAUAAGCGGUUUGAAUGUCGAGACAAAUGUAUCGACGCUUAGCACGGAGUGGGUGUCGCAGGCUAAUUUACGACAAAGGCGAGGCCGUGCCGGUAGAUGUCAACCAGGUAUAUGCUACCACCUCCUAACAUCGUACCGAGCAGGAAUGAUCCCAGAGCGGUUGCUACCAGAGUUGCAACGGAGCAAUCUUCUAGAACCAGUGCUUAUGAUAAAGAGACUUCGGCUCGGCAUAGCGGCAGAUGCCUUGAAAAUGGUGCCGUCCCCACCCGCGCAAACUACUAUUAAUUGGGCAGUGCUACACCUGCGAAGGUGUGGCGCGUUAGACAACAAGGAAACUUUAACCCCCUUGGGGUGGCAUUUGGCGAGGCUACCGGUACACCCGGCGGCCGGGAAACUGUUGCUCUUGGGGGCGCUUUUCGGUUGCUUAGAUCGUGCUGCUAGCGUCGCGGCUGUAUGGGGCUUCAAGGACCCCUUCCAACUUGUUAUCGGUAAAGAACAAGAAGUGGACCGAGCGAAACGUAAUUUCGCUUUAGGAGAACCAAGCGACCACAUAGCAAUAUCUGAAGCUAUUAUGAAAUGGGAAGAGUGUGGGGAGCGACAACGACGCUCUUUCGCAUACGAAAACUUCCUUUCAAAUAGUACUCUGCAAUUACUGGCUGAGAUGAAAAUUCAGUUGGGCGAUAAUCUGAUGCAAAUGGGAUUUUUGCCGUCCGGAAAUGUCAAGUCCUCAUAUGAGAAUCGGAACUCUAGUAACUUGAGUUUAUUCAAAGCUAUUGUUGCUGCGUCCCUGUACCCGAAUAUUGCUAAUGUCAAAUGGUCCUGCUUGAACCAGGGUCGAAAACCUCCCAGAUUCGUAGCACGCAGCCCUGAAGAUGGUAGACUGAACGUGCAUCCGAGCAGUGUAAUGUGCGGGCCUAGAUUCGUAAAAGGGGGCGGUAUAAGGCUGUGCGACAACCCUGGAGCCAACUGGUUGGUCUACUGGUUGAAGCAACGGUCCAGCGAUUUGUUUAUCUUUGACGUCACGUUUAUUUACACCCUGCCUUUGUUGUUCUUCGGCGAGUUUAUUAUCACAGAUGAUGCUGAAGAUCCAGAAAGCUGUUUAAUGUCAAUUUUAAAUGUCAAAGUCCGUUGCAGUCUUCUGCACGCAAGCAAAUUGUUUGAAUUCAGAUGUCUAUUGGACAAAGUUCUUGCGACAAAGAUUACAGACACAUACAAUCAUUCGACACAACACAAUGAGUUUGAGGAACAAGUGCUGAACACUGUCAUUCAACUCAUAACUGCAGAAGAUGAAAAGGCUGAGUAUUUAGUUGACUUUCAAGACUCUGAUAGUUCAGAAAGUGAAUCGGAUAGACAUUAUUAGAAACAUUGUUAUUUAAUGGCUGCUGAUUAACCAAAGA